AUGCCAUGCCAUCGAAGAGGACCAUGGUCUAAUUUAGAGGACAAGUAUUUGAUGCAGCUCGUCCAUGCACAUGGCCCUCUCAACUGGGUUCGCAUAGCCCAGACACUGGGCUCGCGCACCGCCAAGCAGUGUCGCGAGCGCUAUCACCAGAACCUGAAGCCGACGCUAGACCACGAGCCCAUCACUCCCGAGGAGGGUCUGCAAAUCGAACGCCUUGUACACGAGAUUGGCAAGCGCUGGGCCGAAAUCGCCCGUCGACUCCAUGGCCGGAGCGACAACGCCGUCAAGAAUUGGUGGAACGGUAGCCAGAACCGCCGCAAGCGCCUCGACCGCCGCCGCGCCGUGACUCCCAUUGAGCUGCCGCCCUUGCGAACAUGGCAGGCUUCAAGGUCUAGGGGUGCCCGCCUGCCCAGUCCCAGUUCCUUGGCUCCCCAAAAUGGCCAGCCCGGGUCGCAACCUCGUCCGCCUCUGGCGGGAGCCCUGGGUCAGCUGCCAACGGCGCCCAACUCACCUGUGCGGAGCCAAGAGCAGCAGCAGCAGGCCGGGUCCGGGUCCGAGGAUGCCACUCGAGAUAGGGACUCGAGGAUGAGGCUGGCGACGCUGCUUGGUUGA